CAAGAGGCCUGGAUCCCGUGCCCGCGGCUUCCCCCGCAGCCGGCUCGCAGUGGUCUGCUCCGUCGCCGGGUGCAGGUUCGGGUUCCCGACCGAACGCCGAGUGUCCGCCGCCUCUUUUGGCGUGGCUGGGCAGGCCGUCGUUGCGGCAGCAACAGCCAAAGCAACGUUGGCGUGAUGGAGGGGCCCAGGGCUGCCCCUCAGUGUUACUGGAGGCUGGUCCUAGAAGAAGUACGCAGGGUUGUGGAAGCAUUGCCUGAAGAUAUGAGACCAGGCCCUAAUCCUUAUGGCCUUCCGUGGGAGUUGGUGAUAUGUGCAGCUAUUGGAUUUUUAGCUAUUUUCUUGUUUUUGUGGAGAAGUUUUAAAUCUGUUAGAAGCCGGCUUUACAUGGGAAGAGAAAAAAAGCUUGCUCUAAAACUUUCUGGACUAAUUAAAGAAAAAUGUGAACUACUUGAAAAAAUUAGCCUUGUUCAAAAAGAGUAUGAAGGCUUAGAGUCAUCUUUAAAGGAUGCCAGUUUUGAGAAGGAGUCAACAGAAGCACAAAGUUUGGAGGCAACAUAUGAAAAGCUGGAUAGGUCCAAGUCUAAACUUGAGGAUGAAAUACUCUUUCUAGAAAAAGAGCUAAAAGAAGAGAAAUCUAAACAUUCUGAACAGGAUGAAUUGAUGGCAGAUAUAUCAAAAAGGAUACAGUCCCUAGAAGAUGAAUCAAAAUCUCUCAAAUCACAAAUAGCUGAAGCUAAAACAACCUUGAAAAUAUUUCAAAUGAAUGAAGAACGACUUAAGGUAGCAAUGAAAGAGGCUUUGAAUGAAAAUUCCCAACUUCAGGAAGGUCAGAAACAGCUUUUGCAAGAAGCUGAAGUGUGGAAAGAACAAGUGAGUGACCUUAAUAAACAGAAAAUUACAUUUGAAGAAUCUAAAGUACAUGCAGAACAAGUUCUAAAUGAUAAAGAAAAUCACAUUAAGUCUCUGAUUGAAUGCUUGCUAAAGAUGGAAGACUGGGGUGCUGUGCUUGGAGAAGACCUAACAGAUGAUGGUAACUUGGAAUUGGAAAUGAACAGUGAAUCAGAAGUUGGUGCUUACUUAGAUAAUCAGCCAAAAGGAGCUUUGAAGAAAGUGGUUUAUGCUGCUAAGUUAAAUGCCUCCUUAAAAACCUUAGAAGGAGAAAGAAAUCAAAUUUAUACUCAAUUAUCUGAAGUAGAUAAAACAAAGGAAGACCUUACAGAACAUAUUAAAAAUCUUCAGACUGAGCAAGCAUCUUUGCAGUCAGAAUAUACACAGUUUGAAAGUGAGAAUCAGAAGCUUCAGCAGAAACUUAAAGUAAUGACUGAACUAUAUCAAGAAAAUGAAAUGAAACUCCACAGGAAAUUAACAGUAGAGGAAAAUUACCGGUUAGAGAAAGAGGAGAAGCUUUCCAAAGUGGAUGAAAAGAUCAGCCGUGCAGCUGAAGAACUGGAGACCUAUAGAAAGCGAGCCAAAGAUCUUGAGGAAGAAUUGGAGAGAACCAUUCAUUCUUAUCAGGGGCAGAUUAUUUCCCAUGAGAAAAAAGCACAUGAUAAUUGGUUGGCAGCUCGGGCAGCUGAAAGAAACCUUAAUGAUUUAAGGAAAGAAAAUGCUCACAACAGACAAAAAUUAACUGAAACAGAGUUUAAAUUUGAACUUUUAGAAAAAGAUCCUUAUGCACUUGAUGUUCCAAAUACAACAUUUGGCAGAGAGCAUUCCCCAUAUGGUGCCUCACCAUUGGGUCGACCUUCAUCUGAAACGAGAGCUUUUCUCUCUCCUCCAACUUUGUUGGAGGGUCCACUCAGACUCUCACCUUUGCUUCCAGGGGGAGGAGGAAGAGGCUCAAGAGGCCCAGAGAAUCCUCUGGACCAUCAGAUUAGCAAUGAAAGGGGAGAAUCAAGCCAUGAUAGGUUAACUGAUCCUCAUAGAGCACCUUCUGACACUGGGUCCUUGUCACCUCCAUGGGAACAGGAUCGUAGGAUGAUGAUCCCUCCACCAGGUCAACCAUAUUCUGAUCCACCUCUUCCUCCACAAAGGCAAGAUAGAUAUUAUUCUAAUUCUGGUAGAUUAUCUGGACCAGCAGAACUCAGAAGUUUUAAUAUGCCUUCUUUGGAUAAAGUGGAUGGGCCUAUGUCUUUAGAAAUGGAAUCCAGUACAAAUGAUACCAAAGAUGAUCUUGAUAAUUCAAAUGUGCCUGAUUCAUCUCUGCCUGCUGAAAACCAAGCAACUGGCUCUCGCUUUGGUUUUUCACCUCUUCCUCCAAUCCGAGGUCCAUUGUUUCCAGUGGACCCAAGGAGUCACUUCAUGAGAAGAGGACCUUCUUUUCCUCCACCUCCUCCACCUCCAGGAAACAUGUAUGGAGCAUCUAGAGAUUAUUUUCUACCUGGCCCACCACCCCCUCCAUUCCCAAUGAGAAAUGCUUAUUCACCGAGGGGUUUUCCUCAUUAUCUUCCCCCAAGAGCUGGAUUUUUCCCCUCACCCCCACAUUCUGAAAGUAGAAGUGAGUUCCCUUCAGGGUUGAUUCCGCCUUCAAAUGAGCCUGCUACUGAACAUCCAGAACCACAACAAGAAACCUGACAAUAUUUUUGAUCUCUCUUCAAAAUGUCAAAAGACAGAAGAUUAAAUAUUCUUGAACCACAGCAGUGAUGCAUUUAUAAUUGGAACACUUCAUGCUAGCAUUUCCCAGAGGUUAUUUGGAACCCUGGUCUUGUGAAGUAUUUCUUUUCUUCUUCCAUUACCCAUCCCCACCUUAGAGAAAAAGGGUAGAAAGAAAGAUUGGGUAAAUCUUGGGUAAAAUAAAUGCUUUGGGUAAAAUAUUAAGUGAAAUGAGAACUGUAGAAACAUGAUUACAUUAAAGUUUGUUUGCUGUGGUCUAAA